AUGGGAACAGGCUGGGAGCUAACAAAAGCUCUAAGAGAAAAAAUAUACCAGUAUGCCACGUAUCCACAGACGUCUGUUAGCAUUCGCCAGAUGGUUCAGUUUGGUCCGUCGCCGUCGCCUGGCUCCAUUUUUUUGGCUUCCCGCUUCAUAGUCGAAGAACUACCUAUUCGUCUUGCGUUGAAAGUGAAGGACCUAGAAAACUCUCCGAUGGGCCUUCUGGAAAUGCCAUCCACCAUCAAAGUCAAGAACUGGUACGCACAGUCCUUCGAGGAACUCACAUCAUUGCCCAAACCACAUGUGGACGAAAAACUCCACCAGAUGUUGUUCAACAGCGACUCCGCACAGCGGUUGAAAGGUGGAGACAGAGAUUUUCUGGGUGUGGCUGAAACUUCUAACUUGGCACAAGAACAGAAGUCUAAUCCAGCCGUCAACAAUGAAUUUUCUGAUGAUGGCAUUGUAGUGAGACAUUCUCCGUCGUCAUGGGCGUCAUCUUCUUCAUCUGCAUCCUCUUCUUCACAAUCGUCUCUUGCGUCUUCCACUACGUCAGCUUCUUCUUCAGUGAGAUCUGACUCUCCCACCUACGGCUUAACUUACUUCAAUCCUUGUCCCAUGAACAUUGUUUGGCCUAAGGAAGUCUAUGACUACAAUAAGUUGGUCUACGAUGCACUCACAAAAAUAAAAAAAAGACACGAUGCCACUGUUGCUACAAUGGCCCAAGGUGUUCAAGAAUGGAAAACGGAACAUAAGUUAGUGACAGUGAACUCGGCCAUCCAAACAUUUUUGGAUCGUUUCUAUAUGCUGCGGAUCGGCAUCCGUAUGCUUAUUGGACAGCAUAUUGCCCUCAACAUGUCACAAGCUUCUCCUACAAGACAACGUCUACUGACUUUGAUCAAUGGCUCUAAUGGCAAUAGCAACAAAAACGGUAAAAGCAAUUAUGUGGGAGUCAUUUGCACAGAAUGCAAUGUCAGUGAAAUUGCUGAAGACGCUGUGGAGACUGCAAAAUAUAUUUGUGAAGAAUACUAUGGCCUUUUCGAGGCGCCUGAGGUGCAGUUGAUUGCACCACAACUGCUGGUGAGCUUUAUGUAUGUACCAGGUCACCUUAUCCACAUGUUUUUCGAAGUUUUGAAAAACUCACUUCGUGCUACUAUUGAAUUCCAUACCCCUCGUCUCAAGCGGGAGAUGAUGGCCGAAAACCCAAAUCUCAAAGAAGAUGAUAUCGAUAUCAACGAUUUGACAUUUCCACCUAUAAAAGUCAUCAUCAGCGAGGGCUCAGAAGACAUUACUAUUAAGAUCUCCGACGAAGGUGGUGGUAUAGCACGGAGUGAGAUUCCAUUAAUUUGGACCUAUUUGUAUACCACGAUGGAUAAGACACCUACUUUGGAUGCAGAGUACAAUCAGACCAGUUUUAAGGCACCAAUGGCAGGAUUUGGGUACGGCUUACCAAUAUCACGGCUUUAUGCCCAGUAUUUUGGAGGUGACUUGAAGCUUAUCUCUAUGGAAGGCUAUGGUACUGAUGUGUACAUUCACUUGAACAAGUUGAGUAGUUCACUGGAACCGCUUCCUUAA